AUGGCUUCGAAUGUCUGGCUCUCCUUGCUGGCGCUGUGUUCUUUCUGGACGUCCCUCGCCAGCGCCGUGAGCGGUCAAGAACCGCUCAAAUCAGUCCAAGAAGCACGAGGCUACAACGCGGGCGAGCCGAUUCCCGUCACUUGUCUAAACCGCACAAUCGAGACAGGCGAGCACAUUGUCGACAGCAACGGGCAGCUCCAAUACAUACCCUUCCCCGUAUGCAACGAGACCGGACGUCCACUGGAGCUCUUCUUCGGGCUGGAGAGGGAAAUCAACUGCACCAUCGACUUCGUCACGGACGAGUUCUUCCACCUCCUCGAAUUCUACGUGCACAACGACGCGCCGCUCACAUGCCGGAUCCCGAGCAAACCCCUCCCACCGAGCGUGCUCGAGACACAGUACCGCGUUUCAGACGAGGUGACGCAGGAAGGCGCGCUCGGCACGCAGAGCUCCGCCUACACCCCGCUCGUCGUCGGGCUCGCGGGCACCCUGCAGCUCAGCCACCUGCACGUCGGCAACAGCCUGAAUCUGCUUCUGCACGCGGCGGACCGGCGCGCGAGCCCCGGCACCGUCGACGCCGCCACGGCCUACAGCAUCGCGAGCCACACCCGCAACGUCCGCGUGUCCAUUGGCGAUCCCCUCCCGCUCGCGUUUAGCGUCCGCUGGUAUCCCUCCACCACCCUUCCACCGGGCUGGGCGGGGUACGGCGGACAUAUCUACAAGAGCACGCUGUUGUACUGCUUGCUCAGCGCGGGCGCGAGCGCGGCCGUGUGCGUGGCGUAUUUCCGGGGCGUCGAGCUGCCGCGCCGGCUGAGGGUGUAUGCUAGGGAUAAGAUGAAUGGCGGCAGCAGGUUUGGUAUGGGGGCGGGCAUGGGUGGGGGGAGUGGGUAUGGAUUGCCGAUUCCGAACGGGGGGCUGAACAGGACGGGGAGUGGGUAUGGGUUGGGGGGGUAUGCGUAUGGAGGGGGCUUGGGCAAGAAGGACUGA